CGUAGCCACACGGCGGGAUCCACUUGAAGCUGGAGUUAAAUGUGUCACUACAUCCUAGCAUGACUUUUUACACUCUGACUUAGUAAACUCAGAAAGUCACUACUUACCACACCUUGAAGGACACGUUACAAGGGACUCACCAGGUUGAAGAUGUGCUCUCUGGCUCUGUUCCCACCUCCGCUGGCCUCCGGACAGACCACAUUGUGCGAGUCCAACAACCAGCUGCUGUCCGGUACCGGCACCGGCACGGAGGACCGACUCCAGCAGGACUCCAGUCUUCUCAGUCUGCAUUUCCCUCGGGAAUCACUGAAGCUUCACUGCCGCGCAGAGAGCAGCAGCAAGGCGGCGUUCCUGGAUCACUCUGAAACCCUGUGGAUGAGGAGUGCAGCAGCAUGGCGGGACGGCGGCUUUACGGGGCUGCUCAAUGAAAUCACCACCUCACACACAGAGGUGCCUAAAUGGCUGUCGAUGAGCUCGGGUUGUAUCCUGGCUCUUCUCCGGUGGGUCUCUUCAUUUCACGGCUCUCUGUUUCCUCAUCUCACAUUGAGCAGCGAGGACAUGAUUGCAGAGUUUUCUCAGGUGCUCAACUGGCCUGACUGUGUGGUGCGAGCUUUCAACUGGCAUCCUCACACUGAUAAAUUUGCUGUGGCCUUGCUGGACGACUCCAUCAAGAUCUACAACCCUAAAAGUGCCACGACUCCCACGCUGAAGCACCGUCUGCAGAGGAGUGUGGCGGCCGUGCAGUGGAAGCCGCUGUGUGCGUCCGCUCUGGCCGUGGCGUGUCAGAACUGUGUGCUGGUUUGGCACGUGGACCCCUGUUCUCUGUCAAACAGGCCUUCGUCUGGCUGCGCUCAGGUUUUGUCUCAUCCUGGUCAUUCCCCCGUCACGUCCCUCGCCUGGGCUCCAAGCGGCUCUCUUCUCGUGUCGGCCUCCCCCGUGGACACAGCAAUGAUGGUCUGGGACGCCGCUGCAGAAAGUUGCGUGCCGCUUCAGCGCGUGGGAGGAGGCGGCGUCACCUUCCUGUCCUGGUCUCCAGACGGCAGCCAUGUGCUGGCCUCCACUCCCUCUGCCCUGUUUAGGGUUUGGGAGACUAGGAUGUGGACCUGCGAACGCUGGCCGUGUUUGAAAGGACGCUGCCAGUCUGGCUGUUGGAGUCCAGAUGGAAGUCGACUUCUCUUCACUGUGCAGGGAGAGACGGUCAUCUACGCUCUGACCUUCACCGACACACCAGGUGUGCCCACGAGCACGUCGAGAGGGCCGCAGGCUGCAGCCGUGGUGGCCGACCUAUCCGAGACGACCUUUAACACGCCAGAUGGGGACGUCAUUGUUGGUGGAGAGAUCCAGUCUUUAGCGUGGGACCCGAGAGGAGAACGUCUGGCGGUCCUUCUGAAAGGUGAUCCGAACGCAGCUCGCCGGCCCGCAAUCAUCGCCGUGUUCAAGACGAGAACCACCCCCAUCUUUGAGCUGUUGCCAUGUGGAUUCGUUCAAGAGGAGCCGGGAGUCGAGCCGAGACUGAUGCAGUUCCACCCGAACUUCAAACACGGAGCUCUGCUCACUGUGUGUUGGUCCAAUGGAAAAAUUACCCACGUGCCUUUCUAUUUCCUGAGUGUCAGCGUGUCGCACCUGGGCCCCGGCGGCAGUCCAUCGCCGCCUCAUCUGCGGGAAAAACACGGCGACUUUGCCAAUCAAUCGCUCUAUACAGAGCUCCUGUCUUGACAGACCUUCAGCCGCCGACACACACUCACAAGUAAUCUGUCAUCGAUUGAUGUUGAUUGCGACACUUUUUAUUUGCUGCACAGACAGUCGUUUGUUGAACAUUGUUGAGGCUAAUAAUAAACGUUUCUG